AUGACGUGGAGAUCGACAUGCGAGGACGUUGCAAGUGCUGGUCAAAAAGUAUUAGCAUCGCUGAUCAUACGAAUGGCACUAGCAGAGACAUUCAGUAAUAACUGCGGAGUGAUGGCCUUAGACGAACCGACCACCAAUUUGGACAGAGAAAACAUUGCUUCACUGUGCGAAAGUUUGCGCAGAAUUGUUACGGAGAGAGAAAACGGUAACUUCCUGUUGGUCAUUAUUACCCACGAUGAGGACUUUGUUACCAAACUAGAGAAGUUUGACACAUAUUAUCGCGUCUCCCGUGACCACGAUGGAAAGUCGAUAAUCAAAGAAGAACAGCUGUAA